AUGAAUAUCGGCGACGCCCUCGACAUUGCUCGCCUCCUCAAACAAGCAUACGAUCUAUACAAAGCCUGUAAAGCAGCUCCAGAAGAGAUCCGCCUGGCCGCCGAUUAUGUCCACACCAUGACCCUAGUCCUGGAAAGUGUGAAGUCGGACUUAGUAACUAACAAAGCAUCAUUCAUGCACCAAAAGACUGCUCUUGCGAAAGCCAAGCAGCAGAAGCUCGCUCAACUCAUCAAGCGAUGCCAAGCGAGUGUGACACAGCAAGAGAGAGUCUUGAAGAAAUUCCAGCGAUUCAAAGCAGAUGGAGGUCUGGGGGCCUACAACAAGUGGAAAUGGUCCACCAGCGGGAAGAAGGAAAUAGCGGACGCGAAGUCGGAGUUGGUGUUGUCUUCCAAUCUGUUGAACAUUUUCAUCAGCACGGAGACAGUAAACAUUCUGUACAAAAUCGAGGCAUACAUCGAGGUGAUGAUGCCGAAGAUCGCUGCGCUGGACCUGUUUCCAAACGAUCCACGCGGUCAGCUCACAAGCACGACACCACGUCCGCGUUCCGACUCGAAUGUCAAGGUCACCAUCAUCCUGAGUCUGGUCAUUGCCAGGCUCAAGAGAACCCUCGACGAGUAUCGAUGGAAACAGGCCAGGAAGAAUAAGAAAUUGCGGCCUGGUCCCCGCCGCCCUCAGGCUGUCACCCGAGUCAAUUCAGGAUUGGUUCCCAACAAGAAUCGGGACAGUCUCGUCCAGAGUUACGCCUCUCAAAUCGUCAUACCAUCAAACCAGCCGCCUGGGAGAUCCAUCCCGCCUCGCACACCAAGUCCUGAUUUCUACUUGAUAGACGACACGAACAAUACGACGGAUCCAAUUCCUCGACCUAUCCGUCGUACCAGCUCCAUUCAGCGUAUCACCCGUCGCAUCAACGCACGUACAGUGCAGCCUAGAACGGUCCGGGAGCACUUUGAGUGUUGGAAAGUAGGCGUGCCAGAACUUGCAAUCGGCCUCAAGGUUCCUCCAAAGUAUUUACAUCAAAGACGUGGUCAGGCACAGCUGCGCAAGAUGGCCGAAGUCUUCAAUGAGGCGUCGAAAUAUGAUAAGCGAGCUCUGAACGAGAAGAGUGUCAGUGUAAAACACUUGUUAAAGCACAAGAACAAAGAUGAGAAGAAAGGAAAGAGGUGGUAUUUGGCUGGAGGCAGACUGAUCGCGCGUGACGUGGGCAAUAGUGGCUUCCUUAUUGUGGAGAAGUCUUUGGUUAUCCUGGUAAGGCGGUAA